AUGAACUUUCAAUCAUCACCUCAGCUCUCUUCAAUGGAUCCACGAAGAAAUGAUGCAGAUGACGGACGAUCAAAGAUGUUCAUCGCCAACAAUUGUAUGCCACAAUUCAGAUGGGAAGAUAUGCCUACAACUCAAAUCAACAUAGUAUUGGCUGAGUCAAGAUGCAUGGCCGGAGAGUUUUUUAAUGCGAAAGUGCUUCUGGAUUCAUCUGAUCCUGAUACGGUUGUGCAUUCGUUUACGGCAGAGAUAAAGGGAAUUGGAAGAACUGGAUGGGUCAAUAUUCAUACGGAUAAGAUUUUUGAGACUGAGAAGACCUACAUCGACACACAAGUACAACUAUGUGAUUCGGGGACAUGUCUCCCUGUUGGAAAACAUCAAUUUCCAGUCCAAAUUCGAAUUCCACCGAACUGUCCAAGCAGUUAUGAAAGUCAAUUCGGAAGUAUUCGAUAUCAGAUGAAAGUGGAUUUGGUCGCUAAUACUGAACAAGCCUCCUGCUCGGAAGUGUUCCCACUUGUCAUCCUGACUCGAUCAUUCUUCGAUGAUGUCCCCCUUAACGUAAUGUCUCCAAUUGAUUUCAAAGAUGAAGUAGACUUCACGUGUUGUACACUUCCCUUUGGUUGUGUUUCAUUGAAUAUGUCACUUACACGAACUGCUUUUCGAAUUGGAGAGUCAAUAGAAGCAGUUGUGACAAUCAACAAUCGAACAAGAAAAGGAUUGAAAGAAGUGUCACUUCAAUUAGUUAUGAAGACUCAGUUUGAAGCGAGGAGUCGAUAUGAACAUGUGAAUGAGAAGAAACUGGCGGAGCAGUUGAUUGAAAUGGUUCCGUUGGGAGCAGUUAGGUCAAGGUGUCGAAUGGAAUUCGAAAAGUGUCUUCUCCGAAUUCCGGACGCCGCCCCACCAACACAAAAUUAUAAUCGAGGAGGCGGAGAGUGUUCAAUUAUUGCCAUCCAUUAUGUAUUGAAAUUGACAGCAUUACCAGGAAUCGAAUGUGAAAUUCCUCUGAUUGUAACAAGUUGUGGAUACAUGGAUCCACAUAAACAGGCGGCAUUCCAGCAUCAUUUGAAUCGUUCUAAAGCGAAGACGUCUUCUUCACAACAACAACAACCGAGGAAAACCAGAAAUAUUGUUGAGGAGAACCCUUAUUUCAGAUGA